ACUGCCGAGCGAGUGCCCAAGGCAUUGUGGGAGUCAUGAUUCCAAGAGGCCCGCGAUUUAAAAUUGAACUUGUCAGUUCCCGGUCACGGGAGCAUUGUGAGCGCCACAACUCAUUCAGCUGCAGUGAAAAGACUGUUGCAUGUCGCUGUGCAGCCUCUUAUCGCCGAGGUCUGGUUUCCGCUGCUGCUGCGCGGCCCCUCCCCCGCCGGCCCAGCCCCACCAGGAAGCCCUGGGCGGACUCGUCGAGCCCCGGAACGCACGCGGCGGCGAAAAAAACGCUCUUCAACUUUCCGCCGCCCCUCGGCUCUGCUCCCCCCCGCCACCUCGUCGCCCCUCAACCAAACAAAGUCCGCUGGGGGUGGUCGUUGCCACCCGCCGACCGACGCGGAGAGCAAAAGGAAACCCGAGCUGGAGCUGGCGAGGUGCAUCCCCGCCGCCUCCCGGUGGUAUCUUCCAUCUUAUACGUUCAGCAUUAUAACCUCCGAGCUAUAGUGCAGACAGGACGCACCCCUACUACUUUCUGCUCCUUCCGACUGGCUGAGCCGACAAAUCGGUUCGUUGUUGAAAGAGGCCCGUGGAUGGGACUUGGUAAGGCAGCCGGCAAGGUUAGACUGAAGGUUUUCCUCAACACAUUUUUUUACACAGUUGUUAUGGUACUACAUGUGCAAUUUUGUGCUGUUAUUUUCCCCACUUCACCUCAUAAUAUAACUUUAUAAAGCAAAUAAUAUCUCCAUGUCAUUCAUAUUCAUUAUAAUCCUCAUUUGUCACAUAAGGUAACAGAGACUGGAGAAUUGACCCCUGACCAAAACCUCACAGUUAAUAAGGGGUCAAGGGCUUCCCUGGUGGCGCAGUGGUUGGGAGUCCGCCUGCCAAUGCAGG